AUGAUGAAUUCGAAUUUGAGUGAAAUUUAUUCAGAUGAAUAUCAAAGUGAAAAUGAAACAAUUAAAUUAGUUUGUCAAUUAAAUGAAAAUGAGAAAUUAAAAAAUGAAAAUGUUAAUAAUCUUGAAGAUUUAUUAAUUAAAUCUCGUCAAUUAAAUUCAUUCAAGUCCAUUCGUUUAAUAAAUGAAAAUCUUGAGUAUUUAUCAAUUAAUAAAAAUAAAUCAAUUAAAAAUUUAAUACUAUCAUGUAAUCAAUUUGGAUUAACAAAUAAUAUUAAUUGGACACAUUUACCGAAAAAUCUUCAAUCCAUUGAUUUAUCGGGAAAUUUUCUUUCAUCAAUUGAUGGAAUUGAAAAAGAAAAUAAUGAAUUAGAAAGUCUUGCUCUUUCAUUUAAUCAAAUAAAUCAAUUAUCAGAUAUUUUUUCAAGAAUAAAAUGGCCAAAUUUAUGUUUACUUGAUUUAAGUUAUAAUAAUUUAGAUAAUUUAAAAGAAACAAUUGAUUCAUUAAAGGAUUUAUCAAAACUUCGAAUAAUAUAUUUACAUGGAAAUCCUUUAUCAUUAUUGGUUGAUUAUCGUAUUUAUGUUAUUGAUUCUCUCGAAAAAUUAAUUGUUCUUGAUGAUAUUCGAAUAACUGCUGAGGAAAGAAUUCGUUCGAGAAAUUAUUCUCGAAUUGUAAGAACAGAUAAAGAUUAUUCAAGUUUUCAAAUUUCAUUUAAAAAUAUUGACAAUGUUCCACCAGCUAUUCCGAAUCAAAAUGAAUGGCCAUUACAAGUUCAUCGUUAUAAAAUGUCGCUUGAUUGGUUUCAAGAAGAAAAACAAGAUAUUGAAAUUAAUUUAGAUUCAAUGUCAAAUUUUAAAAGAUUUAAUAAAACACAAAUUGAUUCUUCAUUUUCCGAUUAUAAAAUAAAUAUAGAAUUUUUACCUUUAUCAUUUAAUUUAACAAACGAUCAAUUAAUUCAUUUUCGAGAUUUUCUUUUGAAUGGAACAAAAUGUCGUUUUAUUCAUCAAUUGACUGAAUAUUGGCCUCCUGAAUCAAAUAAUACACAAGGAAAUGAUCCACAAAAAAAUAAGUCAAAUGCAAGUCGCGAUAAAAAAAAUGAAACUCCUGUUAAGAAAAAGAAAAUAGAAGAUUUAAGUAAAUUAAUAAUUCGAACGGAUCCAAUUGAAACAAUUUUAGCUGAAUUUAAUAUUGAUCUCCGAUCAUUUCUUGAUGGUGAUUAUCAAGUUUUGUUUCAAUAUAAAUCAAUUCUUGAACAACAAAAACAAUACUUCUUAAGUCAACAAGAUAAUAUUGAACUUAAAUCAGGAAAACAAAAAGAUUCGUCGGAUAAAAAUGAUUCAAAUAAAGAUAAAAAACGAACAUCUGCUUUUAAAAUACCUCAAGAUAAAUUAAAAGAUCAACAAAAAGAUAAAAAAAAUAUUAAUGAAAAUGAUAAUGAAAGUGAUAAAAUUGAUUUAAUUCAACCAUUUCAAUGUUCAAUUCAAUUUCAACUUCAACGAUUUGUUACACAAGAACAAAUUAUUUAA